CCAAAGACACCAAAUCAACAACUAACGUACAAGGAGCGUAUACAGAUCCACACCCUACGCGAGAUAGGCUGGAAACAAAAGGAUAUCUCUUAGAAACUUAGGAUACCUCUUUCUACAGUCUCUCUCUGCCUCCGCACGCCUGAGACGCCUACAAAGCCUAAGGGACAGUCUCCUAUUCUAUCUACUCCAUUCCGAAUCCUCCUUGUACGGCAUGCGACUGAGAACGCUAAGCAACGACAGAAAACUCAAGAGGAGAUAGCUUAAGAGCUAGGGAUAACAGUCUGUUGGCGUACGCUUAUUAAGGCCUUUAAGAAGGAGCUCUAUUAUUGCUGUAAGGCUACAGAGAAACCCUUCCUCACUAAGCAACACAAGGCAGACUGGGUUUAGUAGGCAUGGGAGCACCUUGACUGGAGCGACAAUUAAUGGGCUGGUAUAGGCUGGAGCGACGAUAUGAGCGCCCAGGCUGGCCCUGGCGAAGUGUGGGUGACAAGGCGCGCUGAGGAGCGCUUCCUGCCUGCCUGCUGUGUUGCUAGAUUCAAAGGCUACUCUAGCUGCAUAGUGUGGGCGAUAAUAUUAAGGGAUAUGAAGGGCCCUCUAGUUGUGUACAAGAAGAGCUAGUGUACAAAUAAGAA